AUGCCUGCUGUCAUACUAUCUUUAGAGUUUUUAAGAGUUCGUAAAAUUUCAUCUUCGGUGAUGUUGGAUACAGAAAUAGCUGUAUUGUGGAGCGUUGAUACGUCAUCCAUGUUUUGGUAUGGAUUUGAAGAAAGUGUACAGCAACGCGAAGACAGAAGACUUCGAAUUUCGUUUUACUUUAGUUUAAGAUGGAUAGAUGGAAACAUUUUCAAAGAAAAUUUAUCGCCAACUAUGUUAAUUGCCGCUGCAUUAACCACUUCAGGUAGAGCAGACUCUGCGGAAGCUUUUGGAAGCAUUUGGAAUUCAGGCAAGGAUUCUAUUGCGAUUUCUGGUAUUUCUGGCCGCUAUCCUAGUUGCGGCAAUAUCGAAGAACUACAAAAAGCUCUUUUCGCUGGACAAGAUUUAGUGACAGAUAAUCACAGUCGCUGGUCUUUUGAAUCUUUAGGAACAUCGCCCCGGCUAGGCUUAGUCAAAGAUUUUGAACACUUUGACGCCGAUUUCUUUGGAAUGAAUCCAAAAGAAGCAGAUAUUAAUGAUCCACGAUUACGAAAACUUGUAGAAGUAACUUUCGAAGCUUUGAUGGACGCUGGUUUAAAUCCACAAGAACUACGAGGCUCAAAUACGGGAGUUUUCUUAGGCAUAAGUCAAAAUAUAUACUCGGAUCUAGGCUUCAAAGGAGGAAUUGUGCAAAGAUCUGCAGCAGUUAUGGCAAAUAUGGUAUCUUACAUGUUCGACUUUAGGGGACCAAGUUACGCUUUGGAUACAGCUUGUUCUAGCGGUUUGUAUGCCCUCAAUCAAGCUGUAGAUAAUAUUUUGUCUGGAAGAUGUUCAAUGGCGAUUGCGUGUGUCGUGAGUCAGUAUGACCCAGCCGAAAGCGUAGAGAUGUUAAGACUUGGAGUACUGCAUUUAGAAGGAGUGUGCAGAUCCUUUGAUUUAAACAGAAAAGGCUACGUGAAAUCGGAAGCUGUUGUAGCUAUAGUUUUGCAAAAAUGCGAAGAGUGUAAAAGAAUUUAUGCAACGAUUUCUGGUUGUGGUACCAAUGUUAAUGGUUUCACAAAGGAAGGACUUAACCAUCCUUCUCGACAAGCGAUUAAAGCUAUGUUUGAGGCUGUCUUCAACAGGUUUAACAUUGAUCCAUUAGCUGUGAAUUAUGUAGAAGCUCAUGGUACUGGAACUACAGUAGGUGAUUUAGAAGAAGCGGAAACUAUUGAUGAAUAUCUGUGCCAAAAUCGGAGCCGCAAUUUUCCAUUGCUCAUUGGUUCUGUCAAGAGUAACCUAGGCCACAGCGAAACUGCUUCGAGUUUAGUAUCUAUAUCGAAAGUUAUAAUUGCUAUUCAUAAAGGGAUCAUUCCUGGGAAUUUGCAUUAUAAGAAUCGAGAUCCUAAAAUUAAAGGGAUACAUGAAGGACGCUUGAAGGUAAUGGACCAUCAUGCACCCAUACCUCAAGGUCUGAUAAUGGUAAACGCCUUCGGAUUUGGAGGGGCAAAUGGAACUGUCGUGUUGAAACCAUACCCUGAAAAAAGAAAAGUUGUCAAUAGUUUGUGCUACCGUCUAGUGAACGUUUCAGGAAGAACUGAGGAAGGAGUUAAACUGAUGUUAGAAAAAACAAUUGAAAAUAAAGCGAAUGCAGAAUUUUUGGCUUUAAUAGAUAAUAUAUACAGCAGAACCAUUGAUGCCGACAUUUAUCGAGGUUACGCUAUUCUGUCAGAUGAAAGUCAUCAUCAUGUACAGCAAUGUUUAUCAAAGACACGCCCUAUUUGGUACGUAUAUUCUGGAAUUGGUUCUCAGUGGCUUUAUAUGGGUAGAGAUUUGAUGAAAAUUGAGGUGUUCCGAAACACAAUGCAAAAAUGUUCUGGUGCGGUCCGACAGUAUGGAGUUGAUUUAGAAAAUGUUAUUGACAAUGGAGAUGAAAAAACGUUUAAGAACCUUAUUAACACGUUCACUGCUAUUACCGCAGUAUCCGUAUGCUUAACUGAUGUACUAACAGCGUUAAAUAUUGAACCUGAUGGCAUUAUAGGUCAUUCUUUGGGUGAAGUUGCUUGUGCUUACGCCGACGGUUUGAUAACAGCUGAACAAGCAACGCUGAUUGCAUAUGCUCGUGGUUAUGCUAUGGUAAAUUCAAAUCUAGAGCCUGGUUUAAUGGCAGCAGUUGGACUUUCCUCUGAAGAGUGUUUAAAACUUCUGCCCAACAAUGUUUAUAUUGCUUGUGAUAAUUCAGACGAAUCAGUCACUAUCGCUGGGGCCGUCCAACCGGUUAAAGAUUUCUUAGAGAUUCUUACUGCAAAACGAGUUUUUAAUAAAGUUGUAGAGACAGCUGGAGGUGCUUUCCACUGUCCUCAUAUGGCUUCAGCAGGCCCAAAAAUGUACAAUUUUGUCAAAAGUGUGUUACCUGGAAAGAAAGAAAGAACAAAACGUUGGUUACCAUCGGCACUGUCAGAAAGUGAAUGGGAUAGUGAAUUGGGCAGAUAUAAUUCUGCAGAGUAUCAGCAUCACAAUUAUAUCAACAGAGUUUAUUUCAGGCAGCUGCUGAAGCAUAUUCCUGAAGAUGCCAUUUUAAUUGAGGUAGCUCCUAAAGGACUACUUCAAGCUAUAUUGAAAAGAGGGCUCGAUAAAAGCGUAACAUUGUUACCACUAGCUAAGCCUGGAGUUAAUAACCUGGACUUUUUCUAUUCAAGUAUAGGCGAACUGUAUAUCAAUGGUGGACAGCCAAAUUUACGAAAGUAUUACAAUUUCGUGAAUUUUCCUGUUAGUAUCGAUACUCCGACGAUUUCUAAUUUGAUCAGAUGGGACCACAGGAAUAUUUGGGAUGUGCCUAAAUACAAUGAUGAAAGUUCAUUUGGCUACCUGUUUGAAAUUGAUAUGACCGAUAAAAAAAAUAAAUUUUUAGAAGGGCACGUAAUUGAUGGAAAUGUUAUUUUCCCCACAAUAGGUUAUGUAGAAGCUUUUGCUAAAAUGAUGGGAAAACAUCACACAAAGCUACCCGUGGUUUUCGAAAACGUAACAAUCAUGGGACCCAUUCUUUUACCAAAAAAAAGUAAUGCAGUUUUGAAUGUCAACAUCUUCAAGUCAAGUGGAUAUUUUGAAAUUUGUGAAGUCAAAGAAGGGGUUCCUUUAUCAGCAGGGAGAAUACAUUUCGUGGAAAGAAUUGAGGACGAAUUUUUAGAUUAUUCACACCUAACCCCAAAUAACAACUCUGGGGCAAAAAUAAGCAAAGACGACUUUUACCAGCAUAUGCAUUUAAGGGGAUAUAGUUACGACGGUUUAUUCCUCGGUGUUCAAAAUGCCGAUCUUGAUUCAAACUGCGCUACAUUACGAUGGUACGAUAACUGGACAUCCUUUAUAGACGUUAUGGUACAUUAUGUGCUGGGCGUAGAAAGAAGUGGGCUGUGUCUACCUAUAAAGUUCGAUAAAAUUAUAGUCGAUCCGAGAACACAUUUAAAGAUUGUCGAUAUGGAUGCCGACUUAACUUUAAUUUUCAACAAACAUGUGAAGGCAGUGAAAUGUGGCGGUGUUGAAAUGAGGGGGAUACAAGGAGUUACUGUUAAGAAACACGAGGCUACUAUUUCUCCAAUCUUAGGGAAAUAUAUUUUUGUAUCAGAGAUCGACACUCAGAAAAAUCUUGAUCCAUUCUUCCAUAGUCUUAACAUAGCACACCAAAUCGUUGUCGAAAAUUGUACGGAAAAAUUAGAGAUAAAAUUUGCCGAACUUGGAGUCGAUGCUGCUAUACAGCUGCUGAUGCAAAUUAUGGAACGAGUUAGUUUUAAAAGAACAAGUUUCCAUAAACUGGAUUCGCUUGGCGACGGAAAUGAAGACUAUUUUGAUUUACUUAUAGCUCAUGCUUUAUCAAACGAAGAAUUAAAAACAGCUCACAAAUUGACCGAAAAAGCGAAAUUUGUUCUUGUGAAGGUUCAAAACGGCAACAUACCUGAUGUUGAAAUUGUUUACAAACAUAUCCACGAAAAUGGAAAUUUUGUGCUUUUUAGAGCACCCAAAAAUAUUUGUGAGCAACACGCAGUUAUUUUAGCAAAUAAUCUAAAUUUCUUCUGGUUGAAAGAGUUACAACAAGCUAUCGAACAAUAUACAUCACCACACUCUCAAAUUUAUUUAAUCAACGAGGAUUUCGAUUCUGGCAUUGUAGGCCUCUUUCAAUCAGUUCGACGAAUCUUGGGGAAACUAUCGCUUUCUUCCUCUUGA